AAAAAAAAAAAAAUUAAAAAUGGAGAUUUUGAAGUUUUUUCUAAUAAUUAUUUUAGUAAUUUUAGUAGGAGUAGAAGGUAGAAUUCCAGGUGUUUAUAGUGGUGGAUCAUGGCAAAAUGCUCAUGCUACUUUCUAUGGUGGUAGUGAUGCUUCUGGUACUAUGGGCGGGGCAUGUGGAUAUGGCAAUCUUUAUAGCCAAGGGUAUGGUGUAAACAAUGCAGCAUUAAGCACAGCAUUAUUCAACAAUGGACUAAGUUGUGGAGCUUGUUUUGAGAUCAAAUGUGACAAUCAACCACAAUGGUGUCAUCCUGGAAGUCCUUCUAUUUUAAUUACUGCAACUAACUUUUGUCCUCCAAAUUAUGCAUUGCCUAAUGAUAAUGGUGGUUGGUGUAACCCUCCUCGUACUCAUUUCGAUCUCGCCAUGCCUAUGUUCCUCAAGAUCGCGGAGUAUCGUGCUGGUAUCGUCCCUGUUGUUUAUCGUAGGGUGCCAUGUAGGAAGCAAGGUGGAAUAAGGUUCACUAUCAAUGGUUUUAGUUACUUCAACUUGAUUUUAGUCACGAAUGUCGCGGGUGCAGGUGACAUUACUAAGGUUAUGGUGAAGGGUACGAGGACUAACUGGAUAACGUUGAGUCGUAAUUGGGGUCAGAACUGGCAAACCAACUCCGUUUUGGUUGGUCAGUCGUUGUCAUUCAGGGUUACAGCUAGCGAUAAACGCAAGUCUACGUCGUGGAACAUAGCCCCAUCACACUGGCAAUUUGGUCAGACAUUUGUUGGAAAGAACUUUAGAGUCUAAAUAGGGAAAUGAGGCGAUCAUAACAUAGUAUGUAAGACUCGUGGUUCAUGUACUUUGAGCUUUUAUUUUGUUUAGACCCUAAUGAAUUCGUUUUUAACCUGUGGUUUUUUGUAUCUGGUGGUGCAUGUAGAAGAGCUGAAGCGGCUGCAGAAAUAUGCAGCCCGCAGCUGUUCUAAGAACAAUGUAGUAGUAUCAGUAUAAUGUUUUGUAGUACUUGA